CCUGCGCGAGCUAGCCACUGCGGAAGUGAGACGCGGCCGAGAACAGUUCGGGGGCUGGGCGUGGCGGGGGGCAUGUGGUCCCCGGCGGCAUACAGGCGGCACCCCGCCUCCCGAAGCCUUCCUGGGGCCUAGCCCGGGGAUCCCAAGCGUGCGUGCGUGGGGCGGCGUGCGGCCCUCGGCAGCCAAACCCAGCGUCUUGGCCCCGGCGUCCGAGCGGGUCCGCGCUCGCGCCGCGACCUGCCUUGAGCUCUCGCGAGACCGGCGCGCGCGCGUCCGAGCCGGCUUCGUCGAGCGAGCGGCGUCCUGGAGGCGAGCAGCGCGAUGGACGAGGACCUGGUGGUGGCGCUGCGGCUGCAGGAGGAGUGGGACGCGCGGGCCGCCCAGCGCGCAGCGGCGCGGGAGCAGCCCUCGCUGGUGGACGCGUCCUGGGAGCUGGCGGACCCCACGCCGGACCUGCAGGCCCUGUUCGUGCAGUUCAACGACCGCUUCUUCUGGGGCCGGCUGGAGGCCGUGGAGGUCAAGUGGAGCGUGCGCAUGACGCUGUGUGCUGGGAUUUGCAGCUAUGAAGGGAGGGGUGGAAUGUGUUCCAUCCGUCUCAGUGAACCUCUUUUAAAGCUGAGACCAAGAAAGGAUCUUGUGGAGACUCUCUUGCAUGAAAUGAUACAUGCUUAUUUAUUUGUCACGAAUAAUGAUAAAGACCGGGAAGGACAUGGUCCAGAGUUUUGCAAACAUAUGCAUCGUAUCAACAGCCUGACUGGAGCCAAUAUAACGGUGUACCACACCUUCCACGACGAGGUGGAUGAGUAUCGGCGGCACUGGUGGCGCUGCAACGGGCCUUGCCAGCACAGACAGCCAUACUACGGCUAUGUCAGACGCGCCACCAACAGGGCCCCCUCUGCUCACGACUUCUGGUGGGCCGAGCACCAGAAAACCUGUGGAGGCACCUACAUCAAGAUCAAGGAGCCAGAGAACUACUCAAAAAAAGGCAGAGGGAAGGCCAAACCCAGCAGGCAGCCAGCGUCAGCAGCGGAGGGUGCAGAUAAACCCAGUAGAGGUGAGGCUCAGCCGUUGGUCCCUUUCAGUGGGAAAGGGUAUGUUCUUGGAAAGAGGAGCGGUUCACCUGUGCCUGAGAAAGCCAUUACCUCGCACACCAUCAACGAAACCAAAGAUCUUUUUAAUCAAGGCCAUUCAGCAGAUGCCCUAAGAUCUGAUUCCAACAUUGAGGUGAAAUUUGAACAAAAUGGCUUAAGUAAAAAAUUAUCUCAUCUCGUCUCACCUGUUGUCAGUACCAGUCACCAAAGCGUCCUAAGCAGCUACUUUCCCAGAGUCUCAGUUGCCAAUCAAAAGGCUUUCAGAAGUGGGAGUGGAUCUCCAAUAGCAAGUGGGACCAUUGGCAGUGUUGCUAAGCAUGCUGUCUCUUCUGGUUCUCAGAGAAGGGUUCCGGCUUCUAAGAUAUCCCUGAGAAAUUCCUCCAGAUCGAAGGCAUCGGCAUCGGCAGCUGCAGCCCCGGGAGGGAGUGGGUCCAAAGAGAGGUCGCCAAGCAAGCGGCCUAGGCUGGAAGACAAGACUGUUCUUGACAACUUUUUUAUCAAGAAAGAGCAAAUGCAGAGUGGUGGCAGUGAUCUGAAGAGCAGCUUGUACCCUGCGGCGGCAGGUCUGAGUUCCAGCAGCUCCUGUGCUCAGAGCCAGCUGGUCAGCUGUCCAGUUUGUCAGAAUGAAGUUCUGGAGUCGCAGAUCAAUGAGCACUUGGACUGGUGCCUAGAAGGUGAUGGCCUCGGAGCCAGAAGCUGAGAAGCCUCUGUAAAGGGUUGGAGUCUCACAAGCUGCCUAUGACUUCAGGAACCACGGUCAGCCGUGGGGGGCUCUGGUCAACACUCAGUCUGUGGUUAGUCUGGCUCACACAGCCAGCAGUGUUCUGUUCACUCCAGUAGAGGAGAGUUGGUAUUUGAAUCUGUACCUGUAGUCCCAGCUACUCAGGAAGCUGAGGUGUAAGGGUGGCUUUGAGCUCAUGAAUUUGAGACCACCAUCUUGAAAAAAAGGUUCACGUCUCAAGGUGCUGGGUUUACUCCGCCUUACCUACACCAGCCCAGUUUGUUGUGCCUGUGCAGUUUUAGGUAUUUUUUGUUCUUUCUUGCUCUUAAAGGUUUUAAAAUCUCUUAAUAUUUAUAUACUCUUCUCAAAGUACAUGUCUCAGGAAUCCUGUCGGGUAUUUGGUUAAGUUGAAUAUUCCUUUAUUAAUGAAAUUAAAACUCAUUCCCUGAACCGAUGUUAAUCUCUAUAGUGCUAGACAUGCCAAAACCUAGAUAACCUAAAGGUGCGGCGUUUGGUGAUGGCAGGGUACUCAUGUUUGGAGUCUUUAUCUUUUUUAAAAAUCUUAAUAGGAAAUAAAUUUUUGAUAUUUUAAAGAAUCUUUUAUCUGUUCCAUCUUUACUAAAAGGUGGCAGGUUUUUAGUAAAGAAUAUUAUUAAUUUAUUUUGGAAUAUUACUUGUAAUAGCUUCUAAUUUUAUAGCACAGAUUUUAUAUCAAGUUAGCUUCUCAAAAUUCAGUAAAGGGAAUGGUUACAAGUCAGCGGUGGGAAGCAACUGGCCCACGUGGCCUGAGGGUACUUGAAACUGUUGAUAAAAGGUGCCGUUUGUGCACCUGUUUUUCCUUUUCCUCGUUCCUGCUUGGGCCCAGAGACAACCUCCCUGUGGGUCUGCGCUUGUCCAGGGUGCCUCUGCGGGUUGACUUUGCCCCAGCCUCGGUCGCACUCUGGGUGACGUUUCCGUAGCACUCGCCAGUUUACCAUUCCCGUCCCCAGGAGGCUGCUUUCCAUGGUGCGUGUUCCCUGUCACACCCACCACCCUGCGGUCCCCAGAGAUCUCCAUCUCCAUGAAGAGGUGCUUUGGUUGCUGUGCGCAGGGGCCCUUUUCCUGCUCUCGUGUUCCUGUGCACGUGUGAGGGUUUCCCGCCCGUUCCCACACUGUAGUGGUCUCGGUCUGGGGCGUUGUGAAUAGUCUGCUGUGCACAUUGCUGCUUCUGUCCAGUGUGCACACCGGGUGGCCUGCGGGCUGCAGGCAUCUGUGGCUCUGGUGAACACUGCUGGUUUGCGCUCCUCCAGCAGCUCAGUAUUCUCGACUCUUCUGGCCUGUCCCAUUGAAUGUUCACAAGUGUUGGUGUUUCUUAAGGUAUGAAGUCAAGCGAUAUUUAAUAAAUAUUUAUGAAUGCUGUUAAAGUCUGUGUAUCGACACUGCUAUGCUUAUAUCGGUUUAACAGGUUAUAUACGAUAAAAUACUUUUUGAGCAAAAUUACUCAAGUUCUGAGGCUGAGCUAAAUAAGGGAGUCCAUGUCUUAAAGGAGCCCUGCAGCCUCCAUGGGGACCAAGAUAAGCAGAGGAGCUUUCACACCCUUUGGUAAGCGCUGGGACAAGUUUCUGCCCGGCAUGGUGGGAAGACCUUGGGAGUAGUGAGUGGACCCGGGACUUCAGGGGCGUGUCCGGAGCAGAUGGUACCCAGGUGGUACCCGAGUCAGCACAGCUGAUUGGAGCAGGGUGGGAAG